UCAGAGCAGAGGAAAGGAACAACAAUUUGAACCUUCCCCUGUUUCUUGCCAAAGGUUUAGAACAAAGGAGAAUGCCACAGCAAGAGUUUUCAAUGGCUCUAAUGAUUCUUCUCAUUGUUCUCUCCAUUGACAUGAUUAUCAUGCAAGGUGCCACAGCUGACUAUGGUGGUUGGGAGAGUGCUCAUGCCACUUUCUAUGGUGGUGGUGAUGCCUCUGGCACAAUGGGAUAUGGGAAUUUGUAUAGCCAAGGUUAUGGAACGAACACAGCAGCAUUAAGCACUGCUUUGUUCAACAAUGGACUAAGCUGUGGAUCAUGCUAUGAGAUGAAGUGUAAUGAUGACCCAAGAUGGUGCAAGCCGGGUUCGAUCAUUGUCACGGCCACCAACUUCUGCCCGCCGAACCCGGCUCUGCCCAACAACAAUGGUGGUUGGUGCAACCCUCCUUUGCAGCACUUUGACAUGGCUGAGCCAGCAUUCUUGCAAAUUGCUGAAUAUAGGGCUGGAAUUGUGCCUGUUGCUUUUAGAAGAGUUCCUUGCAUGAAGAAGGGAGGAAUAAGAUUCACCAUCAAUGGCCACUCUUACUUCAACCUAGUUUUGGUAACAAACGUUGGAGGUGCUGGUGAUGUUCAUUCAGUUUCCAUCAAAGGAUCAAGAACUGGGUGGCAAUCAAUGUCAAGAAACUGGGGGCAAAAUUGGCAAAGCAACUCUUACCUCAAUGGUCAAACCCUCUCAUUCCAAGUCACCGCCAGUGACGGUAGAACUGUCACAAGCUUCAACGUGGCACCAUCUAAUUGGCAGUUUGGUCAAACCUUCCAAGGAAGCCAAUUCUAGAUUUUUUUUUUCAAUUUGGGUUUAGUCUAGUAAAAAAAAUUAAAAAAAAAAACAAGAAGUUUCUAUACUUAACGAUUUAAGGAAAUAUAUUAUUUAUACUUAUUUUUGUCUCGUAAAUUAAAUUAACACAUGUUUUUAAUUUUUAGAUGAGAUAUUCAAUUCACAUAAAAUGAAUUUUAUAUCCUAUAUCUAAAAAUAAAAAAUAUGUAUUUACAAGCUAAAAUAAGUAUAUAAAAUUUGUUUCCUAAAUUAAGUUCCUUAAUGACAUACCCAAAAGAAUGUCAUUAGAGGAAUUAAUUCAUAUAUAUAAGUUUGUAAUUGGGAUUAUGAAAGGCCAGUGUUUUUAUUUUAUUGGUCUGCAAAAAUAGCUGAGGUGUUCAUAUAGCACCCGCUGGUCUCUUUCUCAUAUAUAAGAUAUGGAUGUUAUAUAUGUGAAGAGUUUAUAUGUAAUUUGAGUAUUGUGAUACUCUUCCUUUAAGAGAUGUAUCUUUUGCUUGUUUUAUUUGUAGCAAAGAGAUUUCAAAAUUUAA